CCGCCCGUGCCCGUAGGCGCAGAACGACCAAACGGACCACACAAAGGUGAAGGCGUGGACGCAGGAGCUCCGACCAACCAUGCCGGUGCAGCAGUCGCGGGUGCAGCCCCAAGUCCACCAAGACCGGUCGGGAUGCGCGCGGACGACUUUGCGCCCAGCCAGCGACGAAGUAUCGACAUCGCUUUCCUGACGACGCGUGCUGCUGGUUACGAAUGUGAUGUCUGUGUCAUUCCAGUCUUCGCCCGACGUCUGUUUCGCCCGCACGUUGCAGUGGAGGGACACCGUCGACGCAGGCUGGCCGCUAACGGUCGUAGCGUGUAGGUCGUAGUACGGCU